GAGUUGAAGAUUUAAAAUCACUCAUGUGAACGGAUUCCAGCGUUUAUUUGUUUUUACUGUCUUGUCAAGAGGCAGAGGGUUCCUUAGCUGCUCUGUUCUGUAAAUAAAACAGGAAGUGAAAACAGGAUGUGAAUGUGAAAAUAAAAAAAAAAUAAAAAAAACACGGCUGUUAAGAGAAGGGCUUUCACUUCUAUCUAUUUCCCAUCAGCUUUGCUAUUUAUCGCAAGAGCUUUUCAACUGAGGAGCGGAAGCAGAUCCAGCAGCAGAGCCGAUACUUGUCUUUCAGUUAGACUUUUUAGUUUUUCUUGUUUUUGUCCAUUCAUCCAUUCAAAGUUUUUUUUUCCUCUUUAUGAAUAACUUCCACUUUUUCCCCAUCACUGAGAAUUGGCUCAUCUGUGACUAAGAUAUUUUCCGUGUUUGGGGUCACUGAAAGAGUUCGGUGAAGGAAGCCUCAGACCUCAGUUCAGACAGACGAUGAGGCCCUCGGCUGCGUUCCUCUGGGCAGCGGCCAUAUUGGUGGUGCCGCAGAUGUGCGCUUCAUCCUCUGACAGCAACGUAGAUCGUUCGUCCAAGAACCUGUCGUCUGUCCCAGCUGAUCUGCCUUUAACAGCGGAGCGUGUAGACUUGUCACGCAACCACAUCCACCAACUUCACACAGGGGACUUCAAAAACGUAGGCCUCCUUCGGUUCCUGAAUAUGUCCUGGAAUGGCUUAGAGCUGAUUGAGGCGGAGACGUUUCUCGACACGCCCCUUUUAGAAGACCUGGAUCUGUCUCACAACGUGCUGAGGAACCUGUCAGACCAACGGUUCCUGUUGCACACGGGGAACCUCAGAGUGAUAAACUUGGCAUGGAACGAGUUUCUCAACAUGACCCUGGGGAGAGAGUUCAAUGCCCUGAGAAAACUGGAGACUCUGACGCUUGGCGCAAGAGCCAUCAGCUCGGGGGAUUUCAGGAACAUUGCUAUGGUGAAAUUGCACCGCUUGACCCUUUCACUAGAGGAGGAACUGGAUUAUGAAGCAACCAGCCUGAUGGAUAUUCACGCUGAAAAGAUCCAGUUAGACCUAAACGGUGGACAAAUAACCCAGGGUGAUCUGAUCGCUGACGUGUUGUUGUUUUUCGAAGAAGUGGAGCUGAGGAAUGUAACUGGGAGCUACGAACAAGUAAGAACACAACUUCGUCAAAGAGCUAACAUCACCACUGUCAGUAUUUCCAUAAGCGUCUUUGAAGUUGAUUGGAGAGAUUUAACUGAAUUGGUGAAUGCCAUUCUGCACACGUCCAUUGCCAAUCUGAGUGCCUCCGACGCGGCAAUCCUCAAUCCCCCGUAUGCAGACACCAUCAUAACAGGGCCGUCUUUAAUGGAGUCCUUCACCGUCGCACGAGGGGUUGUAAAGUCUUUCUUCUUCUCGCAGGAGGCCUUGUACGACUUUUUCAUCAACCUGCCAGCGAAGCAAUUUGCAAUCGUCGAGACCUCGCUGAUUCACAUGACAUGCCCAAAGAAUCUGAGUCCCAUUGUUGAACUGGACUUUUCCUACUGCACGCUGUCUGAUUCCAUGUUCUCCACGAUCCAAGGUCAAGAAACGGUCGAAUGCGAGACUCUGAGUAAUGUCGAAAAGCUCUCUCUGGUAGGCAACAAUCUGAAGAGCCUACAACUAGUGAGUAAACGGCUGCAGAACAUGACCUCUCUAAAACACCUGGACCUCAGUAUUAACGCCUUCGUGUAUGAUGGUUCCAGCGAGUGUUUCUGGCCAAAAAACAUCACCUUCAUGAACCUUUCCUCUGGGGGCGUAACAGAUGACGUUUUUAAUUGUCUACCGCAAGGGGUAAAGAUACUGGACCUGCAGAACAACCAGAUUUCUGUGGUACCAUCGACCAUCUUCAAGCUUGGAAAUCUCUCCUCUCUGAACCUGAAUGCCAACAGGCUCCGGGACCUGCCACCGUGUCGCAUCUUCCCCCAAAUUACAGAGCUUCUACUGAGGUCAAACUCCCUCCACGCCCCUUCUCUGAGAAAUCUGGGUAGCUGCUCCAGUUUGAAAAUCCUGGAUGCAAGUAACAACCCGUUCACCUGCAGCUGCCCUCUGAGGCACUUCAUUCGCCUUGGCGUUCAGACGGAAAGUGAGCGAGGCCUUGAAUUGUUAAACUGGCCAGAGGGUUACUACUGCAUCUACCCAGAAGACCUUAGGGACACCAAACUAGAAAGUGUCUGGAUUCCUGAGAUCUCCUGCAGUCCCAGUCUUCUAGCAGCCACCAUCCUGGUCCCUUCUGUGAUACUGAUCAUCAGUGUUUUCUUUCUGUGCCAACGUCUGGAUGCUCCCUGGUACAUUGGCAUGAUCUGGCAGUGGACCAGAGCCAAACAUCGAGCGAGGGUACGGCAGCUUCGGCCCGAAGACAUGGUGGGCAUCGAGUUCCACGCGUUUGUGUCCUACAGCCAGCACGACGAGGACUGGGUGAAGAAUUUCCUGCUUUUGAACCUGGAGGGCCCUGGAGGGGGGCUCCGAAUCUGCCAUCACGAAAAGAACUUUGUGCCGGGGAAAACAAUUAUGGAGAACAUCAUCACGUGCGUGGAGAAAAGCCGCCGCUCGGUCUUUGUGCUCUCCGCUCACUUUGUCAAGAGCGAGUGGUGCCAUUACGAGCUGUACUUCGCCAGCCACCAGCGUCUUUCUCAGGGCUCGGACAGCAUCGUGCUGGUGCUGCUCGAGCCUCUGCCUCAGUACCUGAUCCCGUCCAAGUACUACCAGCUCAAAUCCAUGAUGAGCCGCCACACCUACCUGGAGUGGCCUCAGGACAAAGCCAAACACCGGCUGUUCUGGGCCAAUCUCAGGGCCGCUCUGCAGAGCAACCUGCCGAGUGAACAGGUGGCUCAAACAGAGGAGUGACUCUAGAGUUUAUCAAGAGUUGUUCUCCAUCUCUUUCAGCCAGAUUUGAUUGCACAAUGAUUCCCAAAGUGAGCGUCAGGACCGAACGUGAAAUCGUGAAUCAAGCAGUGUGGGGUCCUCAGAUGAGCAGAAAAGAUCACAGUAAAGCAUGUUUAUACCACAGAUGUGAGAAGAGAAAUAAAUGGUGCUUCUAUAUUGGCA